UGGAGAGGAACGGGUGAGGUUGGGAGGUGGAUGAAUUCAGUCAAUAACUCCCUGCGGUGCAAUAUGUACGUAUACAAGCUGAACUUCUUUCGCACCGUACGUAGCCAACCGUACUAAUGGAAGGUGCUGGGGAAGGACAACAAACUAAACACAAAAAUAAGUUUUAGAGAAAUGAGUAAAACAAAUAUAUAUAUUUUAAAUGCAUCCCAUAAAGAAAAUAAACCACACAGUGCAGUACACAUGAACGCACAGAUCGUUUGCAGCGUGUGAGUGUGAACCCAGCGCGGCGCGUGGCUCAUCGUGUCGUGCUGCAGGUGCUGAUCCCGAUAUACACGAGGGAGCCGGUGGAGCCCGAGAAGGUCAAAGAGGCCCUGGAGGACCUGGAGAACACACUCGUCGCCAUGCAGCGCAAGUUCCUGAAGGACCAGCCCUUCCUGUGCGGCCAGGAAAUCUCGGUGGCCGAUAUCCUGGCACUCUGCGAGCUCAUGCAGCCCGUCGCGUGCGGACACGACCCCUUGGCACCACACCCACUUCUGGUGGCCUGGCGUGCCCGCACCGAGGAGGCGCUGGGAGCUGACCUGCUGGCCGAGGUGAACGCGUGCAUCAUGGGAGCCCACGACAAGCUCAAGAACUAUUUGCACCCGCAAGGCGAAGGCACGCUGGCGGUGCCCCCGGCCAUCAAGCACCUGCAGAAGCUCACGAGAUGAGCGAGCGGCGAGUUGCCGCGACGCUCAGCCCUGCCCGUCCGCAACGCUCACCAUCUUGCAGCAAUGCAAAACAUCCUGGGGAUGAGUUCUAAGCAUGUAACGAUUCAUUGAGUUGUCGUAAUGCGGCGUCACGAUUCGACAGCCGAUGCUUGUUUUUGCCUCUCCGGUCUUUUUGGGUUGUCCAUGUGGUGUUCGUCACCAAGUCGGACGCCUCAAUCCAUGUGCUUGAGGAGCUUUUUCAGGAACUGAACUGUGCUUCUCACUUUUUCAAUGAGAGUGUUGUCGGCUGCUGCUGCUGCUGCUGCCGGCAUUCUCGAUUCUUGGCAAUGUAAGCUCAGCUCUCUGAUGUAAUCCAAAUCACGUUGCGUUUUACAUUUGUUUUGUAUCGUUUGUAUUGUCUGCCUCAAAAUUAUUUAGAACCACAUUUAUCAGGAACGUAAGAAUCAAUUUCAAUCGAUAAAUCGUUACAUGGCUACCAAAAAUACAGUCACCAGGCUAUAUACUGUUGGCCUUUAAAAUUUAGAAAAUACUUAUUUAGAUGUGCUACAUCAUAGUUUGUGUAAAUCAUGUGAAAACAUGUAUUUCAGUAGUCUUUUAGCUACGUGUGUGUUAAAAUAAGUUUUAUUCAGACUGGAACACAAGUUAUACUUUUAAAAAACGUGUUCGUCUUUUUCCAUACUUAUAUCCUGACCAUGUUAUGAGAUGAAUAAUCAAUUUUUGAUGUCUCCCAGGGCAGUGAAAACCUUUAUGUUGAGAGAACAGCCCGUGGAAGUGGAUAUCACAGAUCCACCACUUAAAAAUCCCUUCAAGUGACCACUGGUCCACAGGGUAGAGGGCAGCACUCUACAAGCUACUCUGCCACUGAGAGUAAUACGUCGGACAGCAGUCAAACAGAUUCAUUUUCAAUUUUCAGAGCUCGAAUUUAGUCAAACUGCGCGUAACCAAAUUUUACGUGAUGGAAUUUUUGCGUCGGUGUUGGUAACCAGCACAAGACUGUCAACUCGAUACACUUGAGAACCUCGCUCCAUCACAAGUGACUGCCUAGAUUCGACUACCGGAACUCAACGGUACCAGAUCAGGGUUCUAACGUAACUGUUGAGCCACCGGUCCACCUCAGGAAAACGAUUUACACUCAACACGAUUACAGUAUAAUUUUUUAAAUCAUUAUUAUUCAUGUAGCACUGUUCACAAUAGCUCAUAACUGUGAAGGCCCAUGUAAUAAAGUGGUCAACAUUGUAGUAAUCUUUUAUUAUAUGAUGGAUUUCAUAAGCAUUAUAAUAAUUAGAAAUCUAAGUUCUUGUAAGCUCACGAAAAGGGUGCACCAAUAUAGAGCAUCAGUUUACUCAGCAACUCUCAGACGAUUUCACAAUAAACCGUGGCAGUCUUAGUACUAACAUAAGUAUGUAGAUCCAAAUAAAAAAAAUGCCUUUUUCUAAAUGUGUCUCUGUGCUUAAGCAGUGGUGGCUGUGUGGUGACGUUUGAUGGAGAGGUGAUGAGUUGUAUGAUCGGUUACGGCAAUAAACUCUGGGACCGGAAAAACA